AUGCUGGACGACAGCACGCUCUUGGACCUCCUGGUCUUCCCGGACGCUUUGGACGAUGCUGCAUAUGCGUCGAGCGGUGUUCGAAGCAGCGAAGAGUUCAAGCGGCGUGAGCGAGCGCGCAAGGUCCAGUACCGCAAGCGGCUCAAGGACGAAGCGACGAACCUUGCGCAGCUCGCGCAUCGGCUUGCAUGCGACCGUGACCGCCUUCUCCUGCGCCAGCAAGAGCGACGUAGUACAAAGAAGCUACCAAGCGAGCGCGACGCCAUUGCGCGCUGGUCGGUGAAUGUCAAAGAGCUACAAGCGCACAAUGCGGCCGCCAUGCACCUCAACCAGAGUCUUCGCGAGAGCCUUCGCCAUCAAAUCAACCUCGCCAUGUCGUACCAGCGCACGCUCUUCCACAUGAACCUCGCGCUCGCCAAAGGCGAUCGGCGCUCAAGCAUCUACCGCAUGCUCCACGCGCAUUUGCACGAAGGCGUGCACGGCGAGAUACGCUCCAUGUGGGAACGCGCGACCGCGUCCGAGAACCAAUGCCACGUGACGCUCAACGCGUCACAGACGGACAUUGCGCACGUCGACGUCAUUCGAUGCUCGCGGCGUCACGGCGUCUCGCGUGGUGACGCCACGGACGCCAUUUGGCGUCGCCUGACGGGCGAGAGCACGCAGAACGUUCCACUCACGCGCAUCGCCCAACGGCUCGAGACGCUGGAUCGGGCCACGUGCUGCACACGCAUCUACUUUUGCGACGCCACUGCGCCGUUUGCGCUUAACGUUGUCCAACACCGGUAUGACUUUCCCGACAAGCACGUCGUGGUCUACCGAUCGCUCGAGACGCCGCUCAGCGAUGUCUUUCAACACGACGUGCUCCAGUGGCACGUCAUGUGCUGGGUCGAAGUCACGGCCGAUGGCGACGACACGCGCAUCUGCGAGUACAUUCGGUACAAGCAAGUCGGCGCCGGCGGCAUCCUCCCACUGCUGCUCGGGUGUACGUCCCGUCCAUGGCUUACAUGA